AUGGGGAGGCAGCCAUGUUGCGACAAGCUUCUGGUGAAGAAGGGGCCGUGGACGGUGGAGGAAGACAAGAAAUUGAUAAAUUUUCUAUUGAACAACGGCCACCGUUGCUGGAGGGCUUUGCCUAAGCUGGCCGGUCUUCGUCGCUGUGGGAAGAGCUGCCGUCUACGGUGGACCAAUUAUCUUCGACCUGACUUGAAGAGAGGUCUUCUCUCUGACGCCGAGGAACAGCUUGUCAUCGACAUUCAUGCUCUUAUCGGCAACAUAUGGUCCAAGAUCGCUGCAAGAUUACCAGGAAGAACAGACAACGAAAUAAAAAAUUAUUGGAAUACUCAUAUCAAGAAGAAGCUCCUUAAGAUGGAAAUCGAUGAAAGUAGCACGAUCACUCAUCAAAAUAGUUCAAAAGAUGAUUAUGAGUUACUUGGUGAUAUUAUUCAUAACGAUGAAGAUUUAUUCAAUAUUCUAUGGACCAACGAUGAACCUCCACUAGUCGGUCCAUCAUGGAGCAAUAAUAAUGUCGGUGUUGUUGGAACAGUCGGAGACAAGAACAACAUUGUGGCCGGGGAAGAUCUUCCGACAUGGCCAUUAGAAGAAAAGAACGGUGACAGUUGGAUGUUUUUAGAUUAUUGCCAAAACUUUGGCGUUCAGGAUUUUAGGUUCGAUUGUUACCAUGGUUUUGGUCAAAGCUUCAUGGAGACUGGUCACAAGGAUUAA